AUGCUUGUUCGUACGACUUUGGAAUCUCUUCAGUACAUACAGUUUAAAUCAUGGUGGCGAGAUGAAGCAGAAAGGGUGUCUCACCUAAAAGCUUAUCAGCGUAAUGGAGGGCCUGAUGUGGAACAACUUACAGGUUUUAUGAGGACAACGCCGUUGGCAUCUGAGCGUGCUGAUGCAGUUAUUUCUCAUCUCUUGGAGGCUUUUGCUGUCAUGGGAAUUCCUAUAUGGUUAAAAAUGGACAAUGCACCUUCACAUUUAUCUAAGAAAUGUCAGUUAUUUUUCCAGGCCUAUAAUAUCAAACAUUUUACUGGUAUCCCUUAUAGGAGUAACCCUGACAGCCCCCAGAGCUGUGUUAUUGAGACUUUCAUGACCGUGGGCAUUCCAGAGGGCAGUGUGAUCUUUGAAGAUGUGGCCGUGCAAUUCUCCUGGGAAGAAUGGGGUCUCCUUGAUGAGGCUCAGAGACACCUGUACCAUGAUGUGAUGCUGGAGAACUUGGCACUUAUAAUCUCCCUGGGUAAUACAAAUCAUGAGUACCAAAAGCAGUUCAUUGCAAAGAAGCCCUUCAGAAGUGAUGUGAGCAGAUCCUCAUUAGUGAAGAGCUACAAAUUCCAUGAGUCAGGGAAGUCAUUUACAUCUAGGGAAGUUGGGAAGGACUUCCUGGCCAGCUCGGAAUUUCUUCUGCAACAGGCCACUCAUAGUAGGGAAAAGUCAAAUGGUGGAACCCAGUGUUGGGCAGCCUUUCACAGGGGAAAAACUCAUUACAACUGGAGAGAAUGCAACAAAAUCUUCAGCCACAAAUAUGCACCUGAACAGCACCAGAGAGUCCUCACCAGAGAAAGAUGUUACAUGUGCAGUGAAUGUGGGAAGUCCUUUAGCCACAGCUCUAGCCUCAUCAAACACCAGAGAGUUCAUACUGGAGAAAGGCCUUAUAAGUGUGGAGAAUGUGGCAAGUCUUUUAGCCAAAGCUCCAACCUCUUUUAACAAUGGAGAGUUCACACAGGAGAAAGGCCUUACGAAUGCAAUAAAUGUGGGAAAUCCUUUAGCCAAAGGUCUAACCUCAUUCAACAUCAGAGAAUUCACACUGGAGAAACCUAUGAGUGCAGUGAAUGUGGGAAAUCUUUUAGCCAAAGCUCUGCACUCCUGCAGCACCAUAGUGUUCACACUGGAAAAAGGCCUUAUGAGUGCAGCAAAUGUGGGAAGUUCUUUACCUACAAUUCCAGUCUCAUAAAACACCAGAAAGUUCACACUGGAGAAAGGCCUUAUGAGUGCACUGAAUGUAGGAAAUCCUUUAGCCAUAAUUGCAGCCUUAUUCUGCAUCUGAGAGUUCAUACUGGAGAAAGGCCUUAUGAGUGCAGUGAAUGUGGGAAGUCAUUUAGCCAAAGGUCUGCACUUCUUAAACACCAGAGAGUUCACACUGGAGAAAGACCCUAUGAAUGCAAUGAAUGUGGGAAAUCCUUUAGGCAAAGUUCCAACUUCAGUGACCAUCAGAGAAUUCACACUGGAUAAAGGCCUUAUGAGUGUGGCCAGUGUGGGAAAUCUUUUAGCAAAAGCUCUGGCCUUACUCGACACCAGAGAGUUCACACUGGAGUAGAGCCUUAUAAGUGUGCUGAAUAUGAGAAAGCCAUCAGCCAAAGGCCUUAUCUCAUCUGGUGCCAUGAAGUUCCCAUGGGAAAAAUGCCUUAG